AUGGCGUCGACCACCGCACCCCAACCUCAGCAAAUCAAUGUAACAGAUCUGGACCUCCCGCAACUCGCAGAUGUGCGGCGACAACUCGAAGAGGAGCUCACCCAUCUCACGAAUUCGUUCACGCAACUGAGGCAGGCGCAGGCCAAGUUCAAGGCAUGCAUGGAUAAUGUCAAGCAAGUCACUCCGGAGAGGAAAGACAAGACCAUCCUUGUGCCGUUGACGAAUUCGCUCUACGUCCCGGGGAAGCUGUGCGACACAGAGAACGUGGUGGUGGACGUCGGUACAGGAUACUAUGUGAAGAAAACGCGGGCGCAGGCGGUGAAGCACUACGAGGCCAAGGUGGAUUACAUCCGCACGAACCUCGAGGCCCUGCAAGAUACGAUAGCCAAGAAGCAGGACAACAUGAACUAUCUCAUCAAUAUCAUGCAGAUGAAACUACAAGAACAGGCAGCUCCGAAGGCAUCGUAA